AUAUACGGGAGCUAUUAUUAUUAUAAAUAAUAUGAACUGAUCUCAGACACACCCUAAAACUCAUAUGACAAAUAAUGGUGACGUAACAGUGAACGAUGGCUGAACAGUCUUUAUAUACUUUUAAUAUGGCUUUCUAAUUAUUGUACCAUUAACCUCGAGGUACAUGGCACACGAGUCAUAAAAAUACCGAUUCAAAAUAUGAUAAAAUUCGGGGACAAAAGUGUAUACGUUAGAAUUAAAUUUUAAAUUGAUAUAUUAAAAAAAAGUUUAAUUAUUAUAUACACUAAGAAUAAGUUAAAAAGUUUGAAUUAGUUAUAUUGCCACAAAAAAACAAUUUACUAAUAAGCACUAAAACAUACAUAUCACGUAAUAUACAAAAAAGUAAUGAAAUAUAAUAUAACAAAAUACAAAUGCAAUCACUCUUUGACAGUUUAAAAUACUAGAAAUUAAAAUUGUUUGAAUACUUUAGUAUAAUAUAUUAAUUUACUAUGGGUACAAUAUAUGCAAAAGUGAAUGUGGCAAAGCCAGAAAUAGAUACUUAAUAUUAAGAUAUCAUUAACCCAUCCUUGAUUAUUGUGUACUUUUCGCAAAUGCACCAUUUAUAGAAACACGCCCUAAAAAUGACUUAAUAUUUUCACAGCUUCAAGUUCAAAUAGUUCUCCCUUUCUGUUACUCUUAGUCAAGGAAAUAAUUCCCGGAGAUUUAGGGGGCAAGGCUAUUGAUUUAUGUAUAAAAAGAUUUUGAUUGUCGAGUAUCAGCAUCAUUUGAUCAGUACACGAAAUCAAAUAAAGAACCAUGAACUCCUUCGCUGUCGUUGCUUUCUUUGCCUGCGUGGCUGCCUGCAGUGCCGGUUUGGUAGGUCCAUCCGCCCACAUCCUGCAAGGACCCAGCAGCAAAACCACCCUCGUAGGGCCUGAAGGCAGUGUAAUCUCCGCUCAUGCCCCAGGAGGUCAAAUCGUACACGAAGAGCACCCAGGAUUCGUAGCUCACGCCGCACCAGUUUUCGCACACGCUGCUCCAGUUGUAGCUCACGCCGCCCCUGUAGUCCACGCCGCCCCAGCUCACUCUACCGUCGUAGCUCACUCUUCAGCCUAUGAACACGACAGUGUUGUCGUAGCUGGACCUUCUGGAACUAUCUCAACUGGACACGGAGCCCAUGCCGCUCCCGUUGUAGCUCAUGCCGCUCCCGCUGUAGCUUACGCUGCUCCAGUUGUAGCUCACGCUGCUCCAGUUGUAGCUUACUCUGCUCCAGUUGUUGCCCAUUACGAUGCUGACAACAACGGUUACGAAGGUCAAUACGUACAUGACCACAGCGAAACUUUGUAUGACGAUGGAUCUUACAAACCUCAUCAUUAUCAUCAUUAGGGGCCUAUGCGUGUGUUAUAAGUGAGGUUAUUAGUGUCUAGUGUGAAUUUUGGGUAAAGGAGAUGGAAAUACGUUAUGUUUUACAAAAGGAAUGGGUUUUAAUAAUCGAUUCUGUAAAUAUGUAUUAUUUUGUUGAUGAAAUGAAAA